AUGAACCAAACUCAAGAUCCUAUAAUCCGUAAAGUUCAAGUAAGAUUUAACAACGAUAAUUAUCCUAACCAACCUUUAACAAUUAAUCCAACCACAAAGGAUUAUAAUGAAUUGUAUAGAAACUAUAAAAAUAUGUGUGAAUUAUUUGGAAAUCCACCUCAGUUUGAAUAUGUAGAUUUUGCACUUAAUCAUCCAAUCUUCUGUUUUGAUCUAUCAACUCAUCAAGAAGAUCUUUUCAAAACAGGGGUGAAUAUAAAUAUUCAUAUUGAAAAAACACAAGGAUAUGUAACAGUCCGUGAUGAUAUAUAUUUGGAAAGAAUUGACAAGAGUGUAAAGGAAGGUGGAUUUUUACCUUUCCUACCUUUGAUAUUUGCUAGUCUGGCUGCGGCAGAGGCGACAGCUGGUGGGGCGGCUGGGAUAACACAAGCCAUCUACGCCAAGAAAGCAGCUGAUGCUGAAAAAAGUGAAAAACGUAGACAUAAUAUGGAAAUGAAAAAAAUAGCUCAAGGUUUGGGAGUAGCAGAUAUAUUAGGGACAGUUAAAGAAUUUGGAAAUCGAUUUAGUGAAGAAACCAAGAAAACAGUUAAAGAGGGAUUAAGUAAUCUAAUAGAUAAAAUCGACACAGGAGAAACGAAUGUCAAAUAUAAGGGUAAUGCUAUAUUUUUUAAAAACAAACAUUCUGGAGAGGGAAUCUUUCUUUCAAAGUAUAAAGGAGAAGGAGUGAUUUUUGGAACAAAAAUAUAG